AAACAGCUGGUCUCUGCCGAAAACAGCAUCGAUUGUUUUGGGAUUUUUGUUUUUUAAGCUUUUAUCUGAAGUUUUAUUGUGAGUUUGUCACUGUGUGGAGAUGUCUAGCGGUUUUCCAGCCUGUGAGAUGAUUUAUUCCAAACUGGUAGACGACAACGAGCUGCAGCGCAGACCAGAUGUGGAGCAAAGUGCUGAACCAGUCACCCCAGUCUUCCUGACCCUCAGGCCGAGCGGCCCCAGGUGCUACCGCCUCGCCACCAUCUGCUUAGCAGCGCUGUGCGCCAUCCUUCUGAUCUCCAUCAUCGCCGUCACUGCACACUACAAGAACGGGCCUCAAGGUGGCAGCAGAGAGGCCUCAGAGGGGACGCUGCAGAAACAAAAGCAGGACGCAAAUGUUUCGGAUCUGACCGCCACCAUCAACAAACUUCAGCGAGAGAACGAGGAGCUGAAAGCAAAACUUGCUGCCAAACUGGCAACUAAAGCUCCUGAGCCAGUCAGGCCUACAACGAAGGCGACAGCGCCCCCUGUCAUCUGCCGCCAGGACUGGUACCUGUUCAACAACAGUUGUUACUUCAUUUCCAGGUCCAGCAAGAACUGGGAGAAUAGUCAGCAGUUCUGUCAGACCAACGGAGCUCACCUGGCCAUCAUCCACACGGCCGAGGAGCAGACUUUUCUGUGGAACCUUCUUCCCAGAGGCCACUGGAAUGCCUACUGGUUCGGGAUUACAGACGAGCACACGGAGGAUCAGUGGAAGUGGGUGGACGGAACCCUGCUGGUCGGAGGGUUCUGGGAGGACGGUGAACCAAAUAAUCACAUUGACGAGGACUGUGGCUACAUCGUGAAAACAAGAGUGCUGCAGCGUGUGGCAAUUCGGAGCUGGUAUGACGCCCCCUGCACCAUGUUCUGGCCUUUUAUCUGUGAGAAGGAAAUGGGCGGAGCCACAAACACCACUGCAUCACACUGAAACGUUUGAGACUGCAUAGGACAGCUGGUGCUGUUUAUACUUAAAUUGCAUUUUUGCAAUCUGCAUCUGCAAUUGCAAAGAAUGAUACAUUCAAACUAAUAAUAAUAAUCCAUCUAAAAUUAUAAAUCACAUCAUGAUUAGAAUGGAAUGUAUGAAAAAGUAUAUUGUGGCAUACAAAAAAGUACAGUAUAUUGAAGCAUUUUGUGUGUGGGUUAAACAUUUUAAUUCUGAUUUUUUAUUUUACAUUGUUUCAAUUAUGCCUCUAAAAGAUAUAUGCAAUGAAUGUACAUUUUAAACUAAUGUGAUUUAUGUUGAAAUUUCAAUAAGACCGCCAGGUCCAGAUGGUAAACUCUCGCUGUGAAAAUCGAUACUCGCAAUAUUGAAUUUUACAAUAUAAGAAUCUAUUUUUAAAGUCCAGAAUCAAUAUAAUUUAAAUCCAAUUUCUGUAGGAAACAAUGUAGAUGUGGACUCCUCUGUUGCUUGAUUUGAGCGCAGCUUUUGAUACAGUUGAUUAGAGUAUUUAAUUGGAGAGAAUUGAGAAUUACUUGAGUAUUUCUGACUGAGAUCAUACUUGUUGGGCUGACUGCAGUGUGUUUACUAUGAUAACACAAUAUCAGAAUGUAUGUUCAAAUUAGCCAUUGAUUGGAGUGAGGCUUUCAGUAAACAAGAAAUGGUCUGCAAUCUUACCAUGAAUAGAGUACAUGUAUUAUUUAGAAACUGUUAUUUCCACGCUUUUUUUUGUUGUUGUUGGUGGCUGACGCUCAGAUGCGCCAGUACCCUCUCUGUUUUGAACCAGGCUUGUAAGAACAGUGUCUUGUGGCUUCCCUCACUGUCUCUUUUGUAUACAUGAUUUAAAUUUCAAGCAGUGUCUUGAAAAUGUUCUUUUGUGCAUCUCCUGAUUUGUCUAACACUAAAUUGCUGUGAAAGUGAUUGUUUGAUAUUGUGAAUGCUGAAGUUUAUGUUUCUUUAUUGCAUAAAAUGUAUUCUUCUGAUAAAUGGCUCGUUUAACAGCCAAUACAAUGGCACCACCAUGUGGUCAAUGACUGUUAUUACCACUUGGCUGCUGGUGGGAGAAGACUUUCUGUGAUUGUAGGUUUUCUGGAUGCUGUUUACCUAGGCGUAAGGUGAUUUUUUUGUUUGUUUGUUUGUUUUUAAUAAUGUUUUUAUUUUUGACAGCUUGUUGUUUGUGUCAGGGCAGCACAGUGGCUUAGUGGUUAGCACUGUUGCCUCACAGCAAGGAG